AUUCUCGAACGCUUAACAUAAAACAGUUAACAAUGUGUCGGAUGUGAUUGUAUAAGUAAUUAAUUAUUAUCAUUAAUAAACUUUCUAAAAAAUGUUAGCUUCGUUUAGAAUUCAUUCUUCGCAGAAGCUUAUCUCUGCCUUUUUUCUAAGAUAUUCGAAACAUAAUCAAAAUGAUCAACACACAUUAUGUAGAACUUUAGAAACUUUGGCAACCACAGUUGAAAAACACGAAUGCCCAAGUUGUCGUCCAUAUGCGGAAAUACCUGGACCAAAACCAAUUCCUAUUUUAGGAAAUACAUGGCGUUUUAUUCCUUACAUAGGUGAUUUUCAAAUACAAUCGGUGGAUAAAGUUUCCAAAAGAUUAUACGAACAAUAUGGAGAUAUUGUUAAGAUUGAAAAUUUACUUGGUAGACCGGAUAUGGUUUUUGUAUACGAUGCAAACGAAAUUGAACGAAUUUUUCGACAAGAAGAUAAAAUGCCUCAUCGACCAUCCAUGCCUUCUCUUAAUUAUUAUAAACAUAUAUUAAGAAAAGAAUUCUUCGAUAAUGACGCUGGUGUUAUUGCUGUUCAUGGAGAGAGUUGGUAUCAUUUUCGUAGCAAAGUACAACAAGUAAUGCUUCAACCACGAACAGCAAAAAUGUAUGUCGGUGCAAUUGAGGAAGCAAGUCGUUCAUUCCUCAGAAGGAUAGAAAGUAUAAAGAAUUUGAAUAAUGAAGUACCUGAUGAUUUUUUAAAUGAGAUACACAAAUGGUCUCUUGAGUCUAUCGCACGAGUUGCAUUGGACGUUCGUUUAGGUUGUUUAGAUAACAAUGCUAAUCUCGAAACACAAGAAUUAAUAAAUGCAGUAGUUACAUUUUUUAAAAACGUCGGUAUUCUGGAACUCAAAAUACCUUUCUGGAGGAUUUUUAAUACACCCACUUGGAAAAAAUAUAUUAAUGCACUCGAUACUAUUGUACGAAUUACAUCAAAAUAUACGAAUGCUGCUUUAUCAAACUGGAACAACUCUCCAAAUUCUACCAAAGAAUUAUCUUUGUUGGAAAGAGUUUUGUCUUUAGAAGGAAAUUCGAAAUUAGCAACAGUUUUAGCACUUGAUUUAUUCCUAGUUGGCAUAGAUACUACUUCAAAUUCUGUGGGAUCGGUAUUAUAUCAAUUGGCAACGCAUCCAGAAAAACAAGAUCUAGCUUACAAAGAAAUAUGCAACAUAUUACCAUCGAGGGAUGCACCAAUGGAAGCAGUACACUUAGAAAAUUUGAAAUAUUUGAAAGCUUGUAUUAAAGAAACUUUGAGGAUGUAUCCUGUUGUUAUUGGAAAUGGAAGAUGUAUGACUAAAGAUACAGUAAUUAGUGGUUAUAAUGUACCGAAAGGGGUGCAAGUUGUUUUUCAACAUUACGUUAUAAGCAAUCUAGACAAAUAUUUUCCAAGUAGUAAAGAAUUCAUUCCUGAGAGAUGGUUACAAGAUAACGGUGUACUUCAUGCAUUUGCGUCACUUCCUUUUGGCUAUGGUAAGCGUAUGUGUCUUGGGCGACGAUUUGCUGAAUUGGAAAUGAUUAUUGUAAUCAGUAAGAUUUUACAAUAUUACAAAAUAGAAUAUCAUCAUGAAAAAUUAGAUUAUUAUAUUGAUCCAAUGUACACGCCUAAAGGACCACUAAAAUUAACAUUUAUUAAUAGAUAAAUAGAUUUAUUCUCCCCCUCCUUGAGAUAGGCAACUUUCGAUACACCCAAGUAUAGAAAAAGUUUAGGCAAAAUUAUUAAUAAACAUAUUAAAUAAAUUCUUUAUUCU